GAGGAAGGGUAUAUUGAGGCUUUUGUAUGACUCUUGUGCUUCCCUAUGAAAUCCAUGGCAGGGUCCAGCCCUAGCAUGUAAUGUAUAGGCUAUAUAGGAUUUUCUCCACCACUCUAUUGUGAUUUCUUGUUGGUAAAAGCAUCCUUAGUUUUGAAACUGGUCCUAGCACUUUUGGGAUUUGUAUAGACAGAUCUGUACAAGACUGGGCUGGCAAACAUGGUUGCAGCUCACACUUCGCAUUCUUCUUCAUCUGCAGAAUGGAUUGCCUGCUUAGAUAAAAGGCCCGUCGAACGUUCAAGUGAAGAUGUGGACAUUAUAUUUGCCCGUCUGAAAGAAGUAAAGGCCUUUGAGAGAUUUCACCCACACCUCCUUCAGCAGAUAUGCUUUUGUGGUUAUUAUGAAUGCCUAGAAAAGGGUGUAACUUUGUAUCGUCAGGGUGAUAUUGGCACAAGUUGGUACGCCGUGCUAACGGGAUCUCUGGAUGUAAAAGUGACUGAAACCAACAGCCACCAGGAUGCUGUCAUCAUUUGCACCCUGGGAGUUGGAACAGCAUUUGGGGAGUCGAUAUUGGACAAUACACCUCGCCAUGCCACCAUUGUUACUCGUGAGUUCAGUGAACUGCUGCGUAUUGAACAAAAAGAUUUUAAAGCCCUCUGGGAGAAAUAUCGUCAGUUUAUGGCUGGUUUUCUGGCUCCCCCAUAUGGUGUUCUGGAGACUGGCUCCAAUGACAGGUUAUCCGAUAAAGAAAACAUGAAUAGUGCUCUAGGCCCAGGAUCAAAAAACUCUAGUAAGAAUCCCCUCAUUGAAAAACAAAUCCCGCUCUGCCAAGCUAAAACCAUUACAGAGGUAAUGGGGUGUCGCCAAGUGGCUAAGGUGCCAUCAGAGCGUAUCCUCCGGGCGGGAAAGAUUUUAAGAAACGCAAUCCUCUCUCGAGCACCUCACAUGAUCAGGGAUAGGAAAUACCAUCUUAAAACGUACAGGCAGUGCUGCGUGGGAACUGAACUUGUUGACUGGCUUAUGCAGCAGAGUUCAUGUGUCCAUUCACGAUCUCAAGCUGUGGGCAUGUGGCAAGUUUUACUUGAAGAAGGUGUCCUUAACCACGUGGACCAGGAGUAUUACUUCCAAGACAAGUACCUGUUUUACCGAUUUCUGGACGAUGAGCACGAGGAUGCACCUAUGCCAACAGAUGAGGAGAAGAAAGAGAGCGAUGAAGAACUCCAGGACACGUUCCUUCUUCUGUCUCAGAUAGGACCUGAUGCCCAUAUGAGAAUGAUCCUGCGGAAACCACCUGGCCAAAGAAAUGCAGAUGAUCUGGAAAUCAUUUUUGAAGAACUUAUUCACAUUAAGGCUUUAUCUCAUCUUUCAACUACAGUAAAACGGGAACUGGCAGGAUUUUUAAUAUUUGAGUCUCACCCAAAAGCUGGAACCGUUUUAUUUAACCAAGGUGAAGAAGGUACUUCUUGGUACAUUAUCCUAAAAGGAUCGGUAAAUGUGGUCAUCUACGGCAAGGGUGUAGUAUGCACCCUUCAUGAGGGAGAUGACUUUGGGAAGCUUGCUCUUGUAAAUGAUGCUCCAAGGGCAGCAUCUAUUGUUCUUCGAGAAGACAACUGCCACUUCCUGAGGGUGGACAAAGAGGACUUCAACAGAAUCUUGCGUGAUGUUGAAGCAAAUACUGUAAGACUCAAGGAGCAUGACCAAGAUGUCUUGGUGUUGGAGAAAAUUCCAGCUGGGACACAGGUGUCAGCCCAAAGCAGCUCUCAGUCUCCAUACAAGUACACUGUGAUGUCUGGGCACCCAGAAAAAAUUCUAGAACACCUUCUAGAAACGAUGCGCCUUGAACCAAGCUUAGGUGAAGCUACAGACUCCGCUUUAGAUGACUUUAUUUUGAUGCACUGUGUUUUCAUGCCAAACUCACAGCUCUGCCCGGCCUUGAUGUCACAUUAUCAUGCCCAACCUUCUCAAGGAACGGAGCAGGAGAAGCUGGAUUAUGCCCUAAAUAACAAGCGUCGAGUAAUACGACUGGUACAGCUGUGGGCUAAUCUGUAUGGGGACCCAUUGCGCGAGGAUGAUGUAGCCAUGGCGUUUCUAGAGGAGUUUUAUGUGUCGGUAUCUGACGAUACACGAACAAUCCCUGCCCUGAAGGAUCAGCUUCCCGAUCUAGAAAGGACAGUGAAGCACAUCUCUGAAGAUUCUAAAGUAAAGAAGCACAAAGUGCUCUUACGACAGUUCAGCACUGGGGAUGAAAGACUACAAAAACGACAACCAAUAAGGAGCACAGAUGAAAUUCUGUUCAAGGUUUACUGUAUUGACCAUACCUACACAACCAUACGCGUCCAAGUCGCAGCUUCCGUUAAAGAGGUGCUCUCUGCUGUCGCCGAUAAACUGGGCUCGGAGGAAAGCUUGAUUCUCGUAAAGAUCAGUUCUGCAGGAGAAAAAGUGGUACUGAAACCAAACGACAUCUCUGUGUUUACGACUCUCAGCGUGAAUGGACGUCUGUUUGCUUGUCCCAGAGACCAGUUUGAUUCUCUGACACCCCUGCCAGAACAAGAGGGACCUUCCACAGGAACCAUGUCUACCUUUGAACUUAUGAGCUCCAAAGACCUAGCUUACCAGAUGACCAUUCACGACUGGGACCUCUUCAACUGUGUGCAUGAGCUGGAGCUAAUAUACCAUACAUUUGGGAGACACAAUUUUAAAAAGACUACCGCAAAUUUGGACCUCUUCCUGAGACGUUUCAAUGAAAUUCAGUUCUGGGUUGUGACUGAGGUUUGCCUGUGCUCCCAACUCAGCAAGCGCGUUCAACUCUUAAAGAAAUUUAUUAAAAUUGCGGCCCACUGCAAAGAAUAUAAAAACCUGAACUCGUUCUUCGCCAUUGUUAUGGGGAUGAGCAAUGUGGCAGUGAGCCGACUUUCUCUCACGUGGGAGAAACUGCCAAGCAAAUUUAAAAAGAUAUAUGCAGAAUUCGAAAAUUUAAUGGACCCCUCAAGAAACCACAGAGCUUACAGACUUACUGUAGCUAAGCUGGACCCACCGAUCAUUCCAUUUACACCCUUACUUAUUAAAGAUAUGACUUUCACCCAUGAGGGGAACAAAACCUUUAUUGAUAAUUUAGUAAACUUUGAGAAAAUGAGAAUGAUUUCAAAUACAUUGAGGACAGUGAGAUACUGCCGAAGCCUGCCCUUCAGUCCAGAUGCUUCUCUUGCUAACAAAAAUCAUCAAGACAUGCGGAAUUAUGUGCGGCAGUUCAACGUGAUUGACAAUCAGAGAACAUUAUCCCAGAUGUCCCACAGGCUGGAACCGCGCAGGGCUUGAACAUUUUGAACUCUGGUGGGACACCGAAGAUUUUGUUGAUGACAAAUGCUGUGAUAAA